CAGCCCUGCAGCCUGGCCCGCGCCGAAACACUCGUCAUCGAAGUAAGAGACAAAGAGGAUAGCUCCUGGCAGCUGUUCACCGUUCAGGUGCAGACUGAGGCCAUCAGCGAGGGCAGCCUGGAGCUGCCCCCUCAGGCCCAGGCGGAAGACGGCCGGAGCCAGGCGGCCGUGGGCACAGUUCCAGAGGGUGCGUGGGAGGACACCGCCCAGCUGCACAGGAGGGAGGAGGCGAAGCGGGUGCUGCGGUAUUACCUCUUCCAGGGCCAGCGCUAUAUCUGGGUGGAGACCCAACAAGCCUUCUAUCAAGUCAGCCUGCUGGACCAUGGCCGCACCUGUGAUGACGUCCACAGCUCCCGCCACGGCCUCGGUCUCCAGGACCAAACUGUGAGGAAGGCUGUUUAUGGCCCCAACGUGAUCAGCAUACCGGUCAAGUCCUACCCCCAGCUGCUGGUGGACGAGGCCUUCAGCAUCGCGCUGUGGCUGGCUGACCACUACUACUGGUACGCGCUGUGCAUUCUCCUCAUCUCCACCGUGUCCAUCUGCCUGUCGCUCUACAAGACCAGAACGCAAAGCCAGACCCUGAGGGACAUGGUCCAGCUGUCCGUGCGGAUGCGUGUGUGCCGGCCAGGGGGAGAGGAAGAAUGGGUCGACUCCAGCGAGCUGGUGCCUGGAGACUGCCUGGUGCUGCCGCAGGAGGGCGGGCUGGUGCCCUGCGACGCUGCCCUGGUGGCUGGCGAGUGCAUGGUCAAUGAGAGCUCCUUGACGGGGGAGAGCGUUCCGGUGCUGAAGACGGCCCUGCCCGAGAGCCCAGGCCCCUACUGCCCAGAGACACACCGGCGGCACACGCUCUUCUGUGGGACCCUCGUUUUGCAGGCCCGGGCCUACGUGGGACCCCAUGUCCUGGCGGUGGUGACCCGGACAGGGUUCAGCACAGCCAAAGGGGGCCUGGUGAGCUCCAUCCUGCACCCGCGGCCCCUCGACUUCAAGUUCUACAAGCACAGCAUGAAGUUCGUGGCUGCCCUGUCUGUCCUGGCUCUCCUUGGCACCAUCUACAGCAUCUUCAUCCUGCACCGCAACCGGGUGCCUCUGAACGAGAUUGUGAUCCGGGCUCUGGACCUGGUGACGGUGGUGGUGCCUCCCGCCCUGCCGGCCGCCAUGACCGUGUGCACGCUCUACGCCCAGAGCCGGCUGCGGAGACAGGGCAUCUUCUGCCUCCACCCUCUGCGCAUCAACCUGGCGGGCAAGAUGCAGCUGGUGUGCUUCGACAAGACAGGCACCCUCACCGAGGACGGCUUGGACGUGAUGGGGGUGGUGCCCCUGAAGGGGCAGGCAUUCCUGCCACUGGUCCCAGAGCCCCGCCGCCUGCCCGUGGGUCCCCUGCUCCGAGCUCUGGCCACCUGCCAUGCCCUCGGCCGGCUCCAGGACACCCCUGUGGGCGACCCCAUGGACCUGAAGAUGGUGGAGUCUACUGGCUGGGUCCUGGAGGAGGAGCCGGCUGCUGACGCGGCAUUUGGGACCCAGGUCUUGGCGGUGAUGAGACCCCCACUCCAGGAGCCCCCNNCCACCCCGCAGGAAGAGCCCCCGGUGCCUGUCAGCGUCCUCCGCCGCUUUCCCUUCUCCUCCGCCCUGCAGCGCAUGGUAGUGGUGGUGGCGUGGCCGGGGGCCGCCCAGCCCGAGGCCUACGUCAAGGGCUCCCCCGAGCUGGUGGCAGGCCUCUGCAGCCCCGAGACAGUGCCCACCGACUUCACCCAUAUGCUUCAGAGCUACACGGCUGCCGGCUACCGCGUCGUGGCUCUGGCCAGCAAGCCGCUGCCCAUCACACCCAGCCUGGAGGCGGCACAGCAGCUGACGAGGGACACCGUGGAGCAAGAGCUGAGCCUCUUAGGGCUGCUGGUCAUGAGAAACCUGCUGAAGCCACAGACGACCCCGGUCAUCCAGGCGCUGCGGAGGACCCGCGUGCGGACCGUCAUGGUGACAGGGGACAACCUGCAGACAGCGGUCACUGUGGCCCGAGGCUGUGGCAUGGUGGGCCCCCAGGAGCGCCUGGUCAUCGUCCAUGCCACAUACCCUGAGCGAGGUCGGCCUGCCUCCCUGGAGUUCCUGCCUGUGGACCCCCCCGCAGCCGUGAACGGGGUCAAGGAUCCUGACCAGGCCGCGAGCUACACCAUGGAGCCAGAGCCCCAGUCCAGCCACCUGGCCCUCAGCGGGUCCACCUUUGGUGUCAUUGUGAAGCACUUCCCCAAGCUGCUGCCCAAGGUCCUGGUCCAGGCCACCGUCUUUGCCCGCAUGGCCCCUGAGCAGAAGACGGAGCUGGUGUGUGAGCUGCAGAAGCUUCAGUACUGCGUGGGCAUGUGCGGGGACGGCGCCAACGACUGCGGGGCCCUGAAGGCGGCCGACGUGGGCAUCUCGCUCUCCCAGGCCGAGGCCUCGGUGGUCUCACCCUUCACCUCGAGCCUGGCCAGUAUCGAGUGUGUGCCCAUGGUCAUCAGGGAAGGGCGCUGUUCCCUCGACACCUCAUUCAGCGUUUUCAAGUACAUGGCCCUGUACAGCCUGACCCAGUUCAUCUCAGUCCUGAUCCUCUACACGAUCAACACCAAUCUGGGUGACGUGCAGUUCCUGGCCAUCGACCUGGUCAUCACCACCACGGUGGCCGUGCUCAUGAGCCGCACGGGGCCGGCGCUGGCCCUGGGGCGGGGGCGGCCGCCGGGGGCGCUGCUCAGCGUGCCCGUCCUCAGCAGCCUCCUGCUGCAGGUGGCCCUGGUGGCCGGCGUGCAGCUGGGGGGCUACUUCCUGACCGUCGCCCAGCCGUGGUUUGUGCCUCUGAACAGGACGGUGCCCGCGCCAGACAACCUGCCCAACUAUGAGAACACAGUGGUCUUCUCUCUGUCCAGCUUCCAGUACCUCAUCCUGGCGGCGGCCGUGUCCAAGGGGGCGCCCUUCCGCCGGCCGCUGUACACCAACGUGCCCUUCCUGGUGGCUCUGGCCCUCUUGAGCGCCAUCCUGGUGGGCCUCAUCCUGGCCCCCGGCCUCCUGCAGGGGCCGCUGGCACUGAGGGACAUCACUGACACCUGCUUCAAGCUGCUGCUGCUGGGCCUGGUCGCCCUCAACUUCGUGGGGGCCUUCAUGCUGGAGAGCGUGCUGGACCAGUGCCUCCCGGCCUGCCUGCGCCGGCUGCGGCCCAAGCGGGCUUCUAAGAAGCGCUUCAAGCGGCUGGAGCGAGAGCUGGCUGAGCAUCCCUGGCCGCCGCUGCCCGCCGGCCCUGUGAGGUAGUGCAGGCCGGGCGGGCACACUGGACACUGGAGCACCCUGCCUCUGAGCCACUGACCGGAUCCUUUCCAGAGACGCCAUUGCUGCCGACACCUCCCGCAACCCUGAGGUUGCAGCCCUGAGGCCGUCGGCUGCCACACUCCUGCCCCAAGGCUGCCCCUCCCCCGGGAAGUACUGACUACUGUUCCCCCCUUCGGACCACCCCGCCUAGGGACGGCAGCCACCAACUCUCUCGGAGCUGCUGUCAGCGUAGCAAAUAAAGUCACGGUGUUUUCCUGGC